AUGAUUUCUUCAAGAGAGCUCUCUGGGGAUGCUGCCAGUUUUUUUGUUCAUUUCUCUGUGUUUCUUCCUGUAUUUUUCCUCAACUUUGUGUACUCUAAAUGCCCAAAAAGUUUCCAGUGUGGACAUCUUGGCAAUUUGGAAUUUCCUCUGGCUGAUUUUUCGCAACCCGAAUGUGGGUUGGUCACGGUUCAGUGCAAUACUAUUCCGAAACCAUUAAUUCACCUGGAUACUGAAAGGUUAUCGCCAUCCUUUGAGAUUUUGUCCAACAUAUCUACCAAUCAAGCAUUGGUUCGAAACCCUGUUCUUGAAGUGAGGAAUGAUGAGACACUUGUUGAUGAAGUGCAAAAGGAUGAGGCACUCGUUGAUGAAGUGUUGAAGGAUAAAGCACUUUGUCCUGAAGUGCCAAAGGAUGAGGAUGAGGCGCUUUGUCCUGAAGUGCCAAAGGAUGAAGCACUUUGA